AUGAAAGAGAACAUGGAUGAUGGAGACGAAGAUGGUUCACAUCAUGUUAUAUUUCCGAAGUUGGAUUCUUCUAGCAAUGUUCAGGCAUCCAUGUCGAUGGAUGCAUUUAUCGAUGAUUUCUUGAAGAAUUCAGGAACAUGUACCCACGCUCACACUUGCAACCCUCCUGGCCCUGGCGCUGACACUGCACAUACUCACACAUGCAACCACACCCACACCCAAAUUUUCCCAUCCGAAAAUGAUGAUGUGCCACACCAUAAUGAGCAUCUGGUGCCAAAGCCUAGAAGGCCGUCGGGGAACAGAGAAGCCGUUAGGAAAUACAGAGAGAAGAAAAAGGCUCACACAGCUUAUUUAGAGGGGGAAGUUAUGAAAUUGCAAUUUGUGAACCAGCAGCUAAUUAGAAAGUUACAGGGGCGGGCUGUUCUUGAAGCUGAAGUUUUGAGACUCAGAGGUCUCUUGAUGGAUAUUGGAGGAAAGAUAUAUAGUGAAUUGGGUGUUUUUCCCUUGCAGCAGCAGUGUAAUUCUACAACUACUAUCGCAGAAGGCGGUUGUGGGUUGCAAUCUAUGGGUGGGUCGAUGAGCUUACGUUGUGAGAAUGAGAUACCCAGCUUCCACACAAGUGUUGGUACUUCACUGCAGACUAGUACUGAUUAUCAAGCUGAUACACAUGAUAUUCCAAGUGCAGAAGGAUGCACACGAGACUCGGUGGAAACUUUGUUAUCAUCCGCAUCUCCAUCUGAAUAG